AUCAGGUUAGCUAAUCUCUGGGGGAAAUUCCACAAUCUGUAGAAACCUACAGUUUGUCAUUAGGUCUGUUUCCUGGUGACUGACCUAUGGGGCUGGGCUGCCUACAAUUCUUAAGGAGCUCAGACAAGUCAUGCAGACUCAUGCUGACUCUGAGAUUUCUUCACCUGAACUUCCCAGAAGCACAGUUCUGGCAGGAGGAACUGGAUGUCUUACUUGCUGUACAUUUGCCACACCCCAUAAAAGAAGCUGGUGCCUCUGGUAGUCACCCAGAUAAAGGACCCAGACUGAUUCGGAAGCCAUCAUUACACCUGGGAGCUGCCCAAGCUGGGAUUUGUUCUUCUAGACUUUCCAUAAGGACUCUUUCUUGCCAGGCACCAGAACAAGAUCACGAUGGAAAACAAUGAAAAAAACCAUUAUAUAUGGAAGUGAUGUUGAGAUGGAACACUAGAGAGCUGGGCUAUUUGUAUCUUCAGCUAUGUUUUCUAAACACCCAUUUCCUACACACGUCUCAGGAAGAGAAACUCCUGACUUUGGGGAGGUUUUUGACUUGGACCAGCAGGUGUGGAUCUUUCGUAAUCAGGCCCUUGUGACAGUUCCCCGAAGCCACAGAGUAACCCCAGUCACCGUGACUAUCCUCCCAUGCAAGUACCCAGAGUCUCUUGAACAGGACAAAGGGAUUGCCAUUUAUUUGGGAAUUCAGAAUCCAGAUAAAUGCCUGUUUUGUGAGGAAGUUAAUGGACACCCCAUUUUGCUGCUAAAGGAAGAGAAGAUUUUGGAUUUGUACCACCACCCUGAGCCAAUGAAGCCAUUCCUGUUUUACCACACCCGUACAGGUGGAACAUCCACCUUUGAAUCAGUGGCUUUCCCUGGCCACUAUAUUGCCUCCUCCAAGACUGGCAAACCCAUCUUCCUCACAUCAAAAAAGGGAGAAUAUUACAACAUUAACUUCAAUUUAGAUAUAAAGUCUUAAACUCAGCAUGGAGGUGGAGGGUUGGUUAGAACUCUUCCUCUUAAAACAUCAAACCUCUAAUAUAUUAUCAUUUGUUUGAUCUGUGGUAUUUUCAUACUGAAAGGUAAACAGGACCAACAUUAUCUCCUUUCAUAGAUGAAGAAGCAACAAAAUAAUGCAUACUCCAAAGUAGGUGGGAUUGGAGUGGUAUAAGGAUGUCCUCUAAGACUGAAGUGGUCCAACCUAUAAGACAUCAUGCCUGAUAAAUAGGGUGCUGUGCCACAGUGUAUAAAACCUAGAAUGCCUCAUUUCCAGCCAUUGGCCUGAUUCAUACCAGGCUUUCACACAUUUGUAAUAUCAACUCCUUGCAUUUGGAAAGCAGAGGCCUCACAAUGACAUUUGCCUCAACAGCUAAUAGCUUUGAUCUCUCAACAACUGACUGCUGUGUAGAUCUGAAUACACUAGGAAAGUAAUUAGAAUCCUGAGUGAAUGAACAGUUUUUAAAAUGACUAGAUCUAUUUAAACUAUGUUGGGGUACAAUGGUUUGUCCUUGAAGGGUGAGGAUACUGCCUGAUAAAUCAUAAACAGAUCAUUUAACUCAGCUUGAACAAUUCUUCCCUGGGCAACACAACUGAAUGUGUACAAGUAGUGAUGCACACCAUUAAAACAUUACCUCUUAUUGUUCUAGACUUCCA